CCGGGGCUUCUCUCCUCUACUCUCCUCUUCACUCUCGCUCACUUCUCCUCAUCCCGUGGUGGCUUCUCGAGCUCACCCACAAGGGUGUUCGAUCACCAUAGGCGACCGGAGGGGAGGAGAUGCGCGACGGCCCAGCGCCGCCACGCCGAUGUCCUCCCGCUCCAGCUCCGUCCUCCAUUUCCUCCGCCACGUCUCCUUCCCCCCGGACCCGCACCUCCUCCCCUCCGCGCUCAAGUCAUGCCCGGCGCUCCCACACGCCCGCGCCCUGCACGCGGCCGCCGCCGUCGCGGGCGUCUGGACGGACCCCUUCGUCGCGUCCUCGCUCCUCCACGCCUACCUCCGCUUCGGCGCCACGGCCGACGCCCGCAGCGUGCUCGACGGAAUGCCGCACAAGACCGUCGUGGGCUGGAGCGCGCUCAUCGCAGGGCACGCCGCCCGCGGGGACGCCGAGGGAGCGUGGGGGCUCCUCGAGCGGAUGCGGGGCGCCGGCGUCGAGCCGAACGUGAUCACCUGGAACGGGAUCGUCUCUGGGCUGAACCGGAGCGGGCGCGCCCGGGACGCGGUCCUGACGCUCGUGAGGAUGCACGCGGAAGGGUUCUUGCCAGACGCCACUGGUGUGUCAUGUGCGCUAUCUGCAGUUGGGGAUGUCGGAGAUGUCUCUGUCGGAGAGCAGCUCCAUGGGUGUGCGGUGAAAGCCGGGUGCAGGGUGGAUGCUUGUGUGGCCACUGCACUCAUCGACAUGUACGGGAAGUGCGGGCGAGCUGGUGAGAUUGUUCGUGUGUUUGAUGAGUCCAGCCACAUGGACGUUGCAUCUUGCAAUGCACUCAUAGCGGGGCUGUCUCGGAAUGCUCAAGUCUCUGAGGCUCUAAGGCUUUUCAGGGAGUUUGUUGGCAGAGGGGUUGAGUUGAAUGUGGUGUCCUGGACCUCAAUCGUAGCUUGCUGUGUGCAGAAUGGGAAGGAUCUGGAAGCUGUAGAUAUUUUCAGGGAAAUGCAGUCAGAAGGGAUUGAGCCGAAUUCAGUUACAAUACCUUGCGUCGUGCCAGCAUUUGCGAAUGUUGCAGCUCUGAUGCAUGGUCGGUCUGCACACUGUUUUUCUCUCAGGAAGGGCUUUGUUCAUGACAUUUAUGUGGGCAGUUCGUUGGUGGACAUGUAUGCAAAGUGUGGCAAGGUCAGGGAUGCAAGAAUGAUCUUUGAUGCUAUGCCUUCUAGGAAUGUGGUGUCAUGGAAUGCAAUGAUUGGUGGCUAUGCUAUGCACGGAGAGGCUACGAAUGCUCUGGAGUUGUUUCAUUCGAUGCAAAGCUCAAAAGAGAAGCCUGACCUAGUCACCUUCACCUGUGUCCUUGGUGCUUGUAGCCAAGCUGGCCGGACAGAGGAGGGCCGCCACUACUUCAAUGAGAUGCAGGACAAGCAUGGAAUUUCUCCAAGGAUGGAGCAUUACGCAUGUAUGGUUACUCUGCUUGGUCGGGCUGGUAAGCUUGAUGACGCGUAUGAUGUCAUAAAUCAGAUGCCGUUUGAACCAGACAGUUGCAUUUGGGGGUCAUUGCUGGGCUCCUGCAGGGUUCACGGAAAUGUGGUACUUGCUGAGAUUGCAGCAGAAAAUUUAUUUCAACUAGAGCCAGAAAAUGCUGGUAAUUAUGUCCUUCUUUCCAACAUCUAUGCAUCCAAGAAAAUGUGGGAUGGGGUCAAUAGGGUAAGGGAUAUGAUGAAGAAUGUAGGGUUGAAGAAAGAAAAAGGUUGUAGUUGGAUACAGAUCAAGGAUAAAGUACACAUGCUGUUGGCUGGUGAUAGUUCACACCCCAUGAUAGCUGCAAUUACUGAGAAGCUAAAGCACCUUUCUAUUGAGAUGAGGAGGCUGGGCUUUGCACCAAGCACAGAUUAUGUCCUACAUGAUGUGGAAGAGCAAGAAAAAGACGAUAUCCUGUCUGUGCACAGUGAGAAGUUGGCUGUUGCGUUGGGCCUUAUAAGCACAAGUCAAGGAACACCCAUCCGGGUGAUAAAGAAUCUCCGUAUUUGUGGAGACUGCCACGAAGCAAUAAAGUUCAUAUCAUCUUUUGAGGAGAGGGAGAUAUAUGUUAGAGAUACCAACCGGUUUCAUCACUUCAAAGAUGGAAAAUGUUCAUGUGCAGACUAUUGGUGAUUUUUCUUGUCUAGCCUGACUCUACAAUUUACACAACUUGGCAAAAUGGUGACGGAAAGCAUCUAGGUCUCUUUACCCUAGGUUAGUAUUCCUCAUUAGUUAAUUAAUUACCUACAAUAUCAGCAU